AUGACAAACUCAACAGAGAUUGUGUCCUUUGUGUUGACUAUGUACAUUAACAUAGGGAAGUUUAAGCACCUGUAUUUCAUCCUGGCAAUGCUGUUAUACAUAUCCGUCAUUUUUGCUAACACUUGUCUUAUUGUUGUUAUUUACGUGGACAGAAACCUGCAUGAGCCCAUGUAUCUAUUCCUGUGCUGUUUGUUUGUAAAUGAAAUCUGGGGCAGCACGUCUUUGCUGCCCUGCUUGAUGGUACAUAUCUUGUCAGACACUCAUGAAAUUUCUGCCUUUUACUGCUUUAUUCAAAUAUUUAACAUUCAUUCAUACGCAGCUAUUGAAUUUGGGACGUUGACAAUAAUGGCAUAUGACAGAUACGUAUGUAUUUGCAAGCCUUUACAUUACAACGUCCUGAUGACAAUUGGAAAAGUACAAAUUGGCAUCCUUGUUAUUUGGAUGAUUUCUUUUUUAGAGGUUGGAGUUUUGUUGUCUUUCACUAUUCGUCUAAAGUUUUGUGGGACUGUUAUCCAGAAAAUAUCUUGUGAUAACCAUCUCGUCGUUGAACUGUCUUGUUCACCGGACAGAACGAUGUCGUAUCUGCAUGAUGUUGUUUUUGGCCUUCUUUUUACUGUUGCAGUUCCUCUCAGUUAUAUUUCAUACACGUAUGUUAGGAUCUUUGCUGUGUGUUUAAAGGCAUCCAAACAGACCAAAAUGAAAGCCUUUGAUACGUGCUUGCCACAUUUAUUUUCACUCAUGAGCUUUGUCUUUGCUGGUUUUUACAACCUGAUCAGUCAAAGAUUUGACAUGACGUUUGUUCCACAUGAGCUGCGUGUUAUUUUGACGAUGUACGGACCGAUCGUUCAGCCUCUUCUAAAUCCAAUGAUAUACGGUCUGAAGCUGUCAAAGAUUAGGCACGCUUUCAAUGUGGUUUUUAAAUUAAAACAGUAA